GUGCCAUAAUAUAAAUGCGACGUACAUAUUAUUAUUAUAAUAAUAAUAUAAAUAAAUUACUAUACACAGUAUUGAACAUACGCCGUAUUUACCGGCUGUUAAUAUUAUUAUUAUUAUUAUUUAUUACUAUUACUAUUCGAACGCCUUUUAUGCUUCAAUGCCAUAAUUUUACCGUCCGUACGCCGCACCGCAGCCAUCGUUGUUGUGAGUUGUUUUGGUACGCGUUACGAAAACGCACUAGUGCAGUGACGCCAGUGAGUGCACUACUACAUUGUCAUGACGCGUACCUACUAACGAUAAAAUUAUUGUUGUCGAAAAUGUUUUAAUGUCAUGAUUUUGUAGUUUGUACUCGGUAUGAUGCCAAUAAGAUGAAACAAACUCGUCGUUCUACGACGUGCACGCGAAUUUCGUUUCAAUUUUUUUCAUUUCAUUUAAUUUCUCUUUUUGAUUUUAUAUUAACUUAAUUUUUAUAUCGCCACUCGUCCUUUGACGGUUUUUUUUUUUUUUUUUUAAUUUUUUUUCAAUUUUUUCUUUCUAUUAUGCGCCGCGGUUGCGCUCGUUCCAACUCAGUGGUACGAUUAUUGUAGAUCAUCGUACCUAUUACGUAUACAAUUGCGCGCACACGUGUGAUAAAUUAUGUUAACUCGACUUUGCUUGACUGUUUGCAUUCGAUAAAUAUUAGUUCGACGCUUCUGCGCAUUUCUCGAAUAAGCUCAAGUUUGUUUAGUAUUUGUUGGUCUCUUGAUUUAUCAUUUCGUAUCAAGUAAGAGUUGUGGAAACAUAAGCGCAUUGAAUGUAUCUCUUGCCGUUGUAUAUGCAGCAUCACGGUCAAAAGAUACCCACUACUACUACCUACUGCUACUACUAAGAUUACCACUACAAUACUUCUACUGCUACUACAACAACGCUUCUGCAGUCUGUGAGAAAGCAAUCAUUAAGAAAUUCUAGUUAACUUUAUUUGGACUUACACAUUUGCCAAAUUGAGCAUUAGUCAUUGCCGUUUAUUGCUCAGGAUACACAACGCUUGUUAAGACGACUUAGAUAAUAAAUUAUAUCAAUUAAGAGAAAUAAGAUACCACCAUGAGUGUAAUAAUUAGAUUGCAAAAUCUGCCGUGGGCGGCCAACGCCGCGGAUAUUAGACAGUAUUUUCAAGGGUUAUCGAUACCCGAAGGUGGAGUUCAUAUCGUCGGCGGUGAAAAAGGCGAUGUUUUCAUCUCUUUCAGUACCGACGAAGACGCUAGACAGGCUAUGCUUUCGGAUGGCGGAUGCAUUAAAGACGUGCAGAUCAGACUUUUGUUGAGCUCGCGUAAUGAGAUGCAGAAAGUCAUCGAUUCAGCGCGACAACAAACCUUGUAUAAUGCCUACAUGCAGCAAAAUAUGAUGCAGCAACCACAGAUCCCCAUAGUCGGGUCGUUACCACCGUUGACUGCUAAGGUCUUACCACAGCCACAACAACAGGUGAGGCCCGACCGACUCGGUGCACAAAUGUUGCGUAGACAACCCUUAAUGGACACCAUGUCGGUACUUAUGCCCCAGGACAAACAACAACAAAUGCAGCAACAACUUUUGUCUCCAAAAUCAUUGGAGAGCAGAGAUCGUGACGAUAAAACUCACAAACGUAGCGAUCGGUCUCGAUCAAAAUCCCGAGAGCGGCGGUCAAAGUCGUCACGUAGUGCGGGUAGUAGAAGGGAAAGGUCGAGGUCUAGAGACCGACGGCGACGGGACCGGAGCCGAGGGAGAGAUAGGUCUAGGGACAAGUAUCGAAGUGGAGAUGGCAGGAGCUCGUCGAGCCGAGGAAGUGGCGGAAAAUCGCAAAGGUCACGGUCACCGAUUGCCAACAAAGGGGUAGACGGUAAGUUGGUCGGUGAUCAACAAGCUCAAAUCAAUCCUUGGACCUGUCAAUAUGACAACAUGCAGCAACAACAGGCGGCGAUGGCUGCGGUAGAAAACCAACAGCCAGCCACGAUGAUGAACAACAUAAUGCCCGGCAACCUUGGGGGAUUCGCGCAAUUCAGGUCACCCCCCCAACCACCUAUUAUUCCCGUCAUACUUCCUCCAAAUUCUUUUCAUCAAACGCAACAACAGCAGCAACAACAUCAACAACAGCAGCAACAACAACAACCACCGCCGCUGAUGAACAGAUGGGCGCCGAGUGGUGGAAACCACCCACAUCAGCAACAGCAGCCUUAUGUUCCUGACAACGAUUUCCGUUCAAACAUGUAUGGAGGUGGUGGCAGUGAUGACGAGGAUGAUCGACAAACCGAAUUCGACAAUAACUUUCACGGAAGGUUUAACGAAAACGCCGCUAUGAGGAGAGGACCGCCUGGACAAGAUUUCCGCGAGCAACGAGGAUUCGGCCAAAACCGGGGAGGUCCUCCUAGAUUUCACAAACCACAACAAGCCGUGCCGCCCGUUAUGGGGCAGCACAACCGCGGUGGCGGGGCAGGUCAACGGCCGUUCGACGAAUUCGGUAAUGGCGGUGGACCCAGGUUCAACCAUCAGCAGCAACAACAGCCUCCAAGAUACGGUGGUCACAACAUGCAAGAAGGUGGUGGCAGAGGUAGACCAUCCAGAUUCAGCUCGAUCAACGAAAAUGGCAAACCUUCUAGGUUCAAUCAAGCACCACAGCAGCAGCAGUCGCGUCGGGACAACGACGAUGGGCGGUCCGCCGACUUUGACGAUUCGAACAAGAGGAUACCACCCCGGUACAACGACCGAUACAGAUAUGACGUUCGGAACGCGCAGAUACCUCACUGCGAGGGCUUGUGUGUGGAGGUAAAUAAUAUGUCCAAUCCGUUCUCGUACGGAGACAUCCGCAAACUGUUCGAAGGCAUACACAUCGAUGGGUCGGCGAUCAAGAUCCAAAAACACCGCCAGGGCGUGGCAUUCGUCCGGUUUGAUAACAACCACAAUAAAAACUUGGCUAUGAAAGUCAACGGGACCGCGUACAAGGGUAACCACGUGGUGGUCAAACACCUGGACGACGAAGCAUACGAGCGGGAUAACACAGACGAUCGGCCGUAUCCAUCAGCGACGGCGGCAGCCGCCCCGAACAUCGUUGAUCAUGUAGACUUGGUGGACGACGACGAAGAAGAAGUGACAUCUGACCAACCAGCUACAUCGUCUGACAAAAAGAAACCGAAGAAGUCUAAAACCGAGGACGAAGGAAGCGACGAUGACGAAGACAACGAUCUAGUAGUGUGUGAAAAUAACAAAGACGCGACAUCGACCGAAGACGGCGGUGGCGACGAACAACAAAAGGAUCCGCCGACCAAGUAUCUGAAACUCAAACAGCUUCCGAUCACGGUGACCGAGGAAGACGUAAUGAACGAAUUCGACGGCGGCAACGACUUGCGCCGCGUUACUUUCUAUCCUGAUGGCGAGUUCUUGGGCGCCGCGCUGGAGUUUACCAACACGGAAGCAGCCGAAUCGGCGCUCAAGCGAUACGACUGCGUCUUGUUGGGCUCUACGCCGGUGCCCGUGCUGCGGUGCACCUACAAAGAGUACACGCAGAUCAAGCGGAAAUCCGGCGGCGGCGGCAGACGCUUUUCGAACGACAACGUUGGCGGCAGCAAUAGCGGCGGCCGUCACCAUCACCACAAUCACCACCACCACGGUAACAGCAACCACCACCAACAGAUGCCAUCGUCAUCUCCCGUUCCGGUGGCGCCACCGCCUCCGAAUAUGUCGGGCACCGCUCCGGUCGUCCGCUCCAACUGCCUAUACGUGUACGGCUUACCGACGACCGUCACCAACACUGACAUCACUCAGUUCUUCUCCGACACUUCCGUGUUACCGGACAAGAUACACAUCAUGCUCAGCAAGUUCGGUCGCCCCACCGGCGAAUCAUACUGCGAAUUCGGAUCCGCGCAACAGGCGAGCGUCGCCAUGAUUAAGAACAACACCUACAUGGGUCCAAAUCUCGUGUGCAUCGAGCCUAUCAACAGGUCGCUCAUGAUCCAGGCCAUCACUAAACCGAUGCAGCAGCACUGCAACAACCAUCACCAGGAAAUGUCCUGGGGUGGUGGAGGAGGACCACCGUCCAGGCAACAGCACCACCACCAAAGACCUCCGCACAAUCAACAGCAGUACGGAGGCCAUAACAACGGUGGUCCUUAUGGCGGCGGCGGCGGCGGUGGUGGAGGUCGACCGCAGCAGCAACAGUUCAACAUGAACAACGGUGGGGGCCGCGGUGGUGGUGGUUACACGCCCAGGAUGCGCGGACCCGGACCCGGACCGAACACCGGUCCCGAAGGAUUCGGACAGCCGGGAUGCGUGAUCGCGCUGGACAACGUGCCGUACCGAGCCGACGUCCAGCAGAUCGUGGAUUUCUUUGAAGGAUUUGAACUUAACAGCCAGAAUGUGAUUCGGCGAUUCAACGAUUUCGGCAAGCCGACCGGUGAAGCCCGGGUCAAUCUCAGAAACCCGCAGGAGGCUGCUCGAGCCGUCCGAGUGCUGCAGAACAAGCCGAUUUUCAACAGGCCGGUGCGAUUGACGCUCCUGUAAGUCCUGAAACGGUCGACGACUGUUUCUGUUGUUAUUGCGAUGGAGUCAUCAGUCAACCAAUAUGCGCCGGUUUAACGAUGUGUAUCAUAAUGAUUAUAAGUGUUCUAUAUUAUGUAAUAUUCGUGUCAACCGUUUUCUUGAAACUUUGGCAAAGUACAUUUAUUUUAUUCUAUGAAAGUAUAAAUAAAAGAUUUAUUACAUUGUA